GCUGUAGAAGAAGAAGAAAAAGGAGAAAGAGAAGAAGACGAGGUGGAAAAAAAAAAACAGAAAACAAGACUCGUUGGAGUCCCACAUGUUUAGAGGCACCUAUGCAGUGUAAAAUUGCGUGACACCAAACUGCCGGAUGCGCAGAAUCUGCUUAAAAUGGCUUACCAGACGUUUCAACAGGAAUAUUUACAGAUUCCGCUUGUGACGAGGGCAUACACAACCGCAUGUGUCCUUACAACUGCAGCAGUGCAACUAGAGAUCAUCACACCUUUUCAGCUAUACUUCAAUCCAGAUUUGAUCGUAAGGAAUUAUCAAGUAUGGCGACUUAUAACAAACUUCCUAUUUUUUGGUCCUGUUGGCUUCAAUUUUCUCUUCAAUAUGAUAUUUUUAUACAGAUAUUGCCGUAUGUUGGAGGAAGGCUCUUUCAGGGGGCGAACAGGUGACUUUGUUUUCAUGUUCCUGUUCGGUGGAUUUCUGAUGACAAUAUUUGGGACUUUUGUGAGUUUGGUGUUCCUGGGCCAAGCGUUCACAAUAAUGUUGGUGUAUGUCUGGAGUCGAAGGAAUCCAAAUGUUCGGAUGAAUUUCUUCGGCCUUUUGAAUUUCCAAGCACCCUUCCUGCCUUGGGUGCUGAUGGGAUUUUCACUUCUACUGGGCAAUUCCAUCAUUAUAGAUCUUUUAGGGAUUGCUGUUGGUCACGUGUACUUCUUCUUGGAAGACGUCUUCCCCAACCAGCCAGGUGGUGGAAGAUGGCUGAAGACCCCAUCGAUCAUAAAGAUGCUGUUCGACACUCCUGAUGAAGAUGCCAAUUACAACCCGUUGCCCGAGGAGCGCCCUGGAGGAUUUGCUUGGGGGGAGGGGCCACCAAACCUUGGAGGUUAAUUUUGCUCUUUCACUCAACUGGAGUUGUUAAGUAUCCUCCAAAAAUGUUCCACCAGAACGAUGAGGUGUAUUGAUUAGAUUUUUUCUUAUAUCGUGGGUGGAGAUUGCAAAUAAAAGUUGAAAAUAUCUUGACAAAUCCGUAUGUGGUUUUUGUCUAGUUUUUCAAAUUAUAUUGAAAUUCUCAUAACAAUUUGCCAUACAUGUCUUCUUCUGUUUUCUUCUUUUUGUUUGUGGACAUUGAAGAACAUGUUUGAUUAUUUUGACUGCAAAGGUCAAAAUGUGGUGUCAAAAAGCUGAAAUGUUUGUUCAACAGUAAAUUUACAGCUUUGA